UUGGUACUUCCUCCCCAUUCCUGUAGUCUAUUCUGUCCUCGUCUGUCCUACAGAGCAGUUCUCCCCAUCACCACAAGGGGCUAAGCAUGCGGCGCGCAGUCGAGCACAGUCUUUCCUAAAGGAAACUCCAGUACUUGAGUGUCAGCAGAGGGUAGAUAGAGUCUAUUCUCCGCUGCAGUUCAGCUCAUUGAGGAACCUACCGAAUUUGGAGAAGCACCUCUAACUGAAAGGAUCACAGUCCUAUCAAUUAAUAAAUUCUGGCAGCUCUCCCGGCACCAUGUAGCGAGAAUAACAUGAUGGAAGUGGAAGUAGGACUCAAAUCAACAGUCUGUCAAGACACCAGAGAAGCCUGAGAUCUUUCCAAGAGCACUCACAGGCAAAGCCUCAUGGAUGUCACUCAUCUACGGAAACAGUCUCAUCAAGGCCUGAAGAAGGAAAGGGAGCUGUGGAUAAAGGCUUGUCAAAGACUUCAAAACAGCAGAACUCCUCAACAGAAGAAUUUGUACCAGAUGCAGCUUAUAUUUCAUGCUUCUUUCAUGCACUUCUCAUGCAUUUCAUUAUUCUAAUUGAGAACAAAACAACUAUUUGAACAAGAGAGAUCAACAUCAAAGCAACAGCAACAAUCUGUAAUUUUCUGUUGAUACAUGUACACAGAUAUGCAAAGGAUGUUACUAAUCAAAGAUAUUUAUUUAUCCUGAAAGAACUGAGAUUCUCUGAAAUGGAUAUUAGGUACAUUUAUUUCAGCCUGUGUAAAUGAAGCUGUCAUUUCAGACAUUUUAUGGUAUUUGCUGUUUCAAAUUGACAUAUAUUUGAAUUCUCAGGGAGAGGGAGAGAGAGAGAAGUGUCAGUCUGUCCAUGGUUUGCAUUUUUUUUUGCAUUUCAAAAAGAUGAUUUAAAGCUAAAUCUGUCAAAAAAAAAGCAAACUGGGAUCAGGCUCUCUAAACAUCAAACUAUGUUUCUUUUUUCUUAAUGCUUUAUAUUAUCAACCUCUUCGAUAUUGUUUGUAAAGCACGUCCCAGUACUCCGAUAGGUUCUGAAAGAGUGUUAAUGGAGGGCAGACACGAGGACUAAACACUGAGGAAACUUCGGCAUACUCAAAGUGAAUUUCACGUCGAAAAACAGAUUAUUUUUGCACCCAUUUCCUCUCUGAACUUUGUCAACACACACAACAAGUGGUAAACAUCUAAAGAUGAGAAGAAAAUCUCCAGGAACUAAAGCAUAAAGGGAAUAUUUCCGUUCACUGACUUUGGAUCUAUGUUGGGUCGGGGGUGUGUCUUCUGAGACCUUUUCCCUCAUCUUGCCUGAAGUGUCUCUCACCCCACCACAUGUAGACCUGACAUGGCUCCCUGUUGGAGGCAAGGGGCCUCUCUGCUGCCAGUGACUCUUUGGCUUCUGCAUUGCUUCAGCUGGGGACAAGCAGAGACAGUAAGGACUAGCAACGUGCUAACGGGACCCGGAGCCCAGGACCAGGGUGGCUCCAUGUCCCACGAGCGGGUGAAGAGAGGAUGGGUGUGGAACCAGUUCUUCGUGGUGGAGGAGUACACGGGAACAGAACCUCUAUAUGUCGGGAAGAUCCACUCCGACUCCGACAACGGUGAGGGCAUGAUCAAGUACACCAUCUCGGGGGAGGGCGCAGGCACCAUCUUCAUCAUCGACGAGAUCACAGGCGACAUCCAUGCCACGCAGAAGCUGGACCGCGAGGAGAAGGCCCACUACACGCUGCGCGCCCAGGCCCGCGACCGCUACUCCAGCGCCCCGCUGGAGCCCGAGUCCGAGUUCGUCAUCAAGGUCCAGGACAUCAACGACAGCGAGCCCAAGUUCCUGGAGGGCCCUUACAUCGGGAGUGUCGCAGAGUUAUCACCUAUAGGGACCUCGGUGAUGAAGGUGGCGGCCUCGGACGCGGACGAUCCCACCUACGGGAGCAGCGCCCGGUUGGUGUACAGCGUGCUGGACGGAGAGAUGUUCUUCGCCGUGGACAGAGACACAGGAGUGAUUCGGACAGCAGUGGCAGAUCUAGACCGCGAGACGCAGGAUCGCUAUGAGCUGGUUGUCAAGGCAACAGACAUGGCAGGCCAAAUGGGCGGUCUCUCCGGCUCUACCACAGUGACCAUAGUGAUCACGGAUGUUAAUGACAACGCUCCGAGCUUUCCGCAGAAGCUGUACCAGUUCAGUGUUUCGGAGGGGGCAGAUGUGGGGACCCCGAUUGGGCGGGUGAUCGCAACAGACGCGGACAUGGGGGACAACACGGAUAUGAGCUACCUGAUUGCAGAGGGGGAGGACGGUGAGCUGUUCAAAAUCACCACGGACGGAGAAACGCAGGAGGCUGUCAUUUCAGUCAAAAAGCGCCUGGACUUUGAGACCAAGCAAAUCCACACCGUGGUCGUGGAGGCUGUGAACAAGCACGUGGACGAGCGCUUUGUGGAUCUGGGGACGUUCCGAGAUAAGACCAUUGUGAAAGUCAGCGUCUCAGACGUGGAUGAGCCGCCGGUGUUCUUCCCACCCCUGGGUGCCAUUAUGGAGGUGCAGGAGGACGCCAGGCUAGGGGCGCUGGUGGGCACCGUCACAGCCAGGGACCCAGACAGAGAGAACGUUCCUGUCAGGUACUCCAUAGACCAGAGUUCUGACCAGGAGCACAUCUUCCAUAUCGACCCGGUGACAGGUGCCAUCACCCUGGGGAAGAUCUUGGACAGAGAGACGGCAGGCUGGCACAACAUCACCGUGACAGCGGAGGAAGCAGGCAACCCUGCUCAGGCAUCCGAGUCCGCCGUGAGCAUCCGAAUCCUGGAUGUGAACGACAACCCUCCUGAACUGGCAACCCCCUACGAGGCCUCCAUUUGUGAAGAUGCUAAACCUGGCCAGCUUAUUCACACGAUUAGUGUGGUGGAUAAAGAUGAACCCCAGUCUGGCCAUCGAUUCUACUUCACCCUGGCACCUGAGGCAUCCAGCAACCGCCAUUUCACCCUCUGGGAUGUCAAAGAUAAUACUGCCGGCAUUAGGACCCAGCGGUCUGGCUUCAACAGGCAGGAGCAGAACAUUUACCUUUUGCCCAUCCUCGUGGUGGACAGCGGACCCCCAGCCUUGAGCAGCACGGGCACUGUGACCAUCCAUGUGUGCGGCUGUGAUCCAGAUGGGGCCAUCCAGUCCUGCAAUGCCACAGCCUACGUCAUCUCCGCAGCCCUCAGCCCCGGAGCCCUCAUCGCCCUGCUGGUCUGCAUGCUCAUCCUUAUCGUGCUGGUGUUGCUGAUCCUCACGCUGAAGCGGCACCGCAAGGGCCAGCGCAUGUCCGAGGAAGAGGAGGACAUGCGCGACAACGUCAUCAAGUACAACGACGAGGGCGGCGGCGAGCAGGACACGCAGGCCUACGACAUGAGCGCCCUGCGUAGCCUCUACGACUUCCCCGAGGUGAAGAGCGCCGACUCGGGCGGCGAGCUGCCCUGCCUGCCGCAGUGGAUCCAGAGCCGCGUGAGCGGCGACGGCGGCGCGGCGGACUUCACGCUGUUCAGCGGCUACAUCCGCAAGAAGGUGGAGCAGGCGGACGCCGACCUCUCGGUGCCGCCGUACGACUCGUUCCAGACGUACGCCUUCGAGGGAACCAGCUCGCCCGCGCUGUCCCUCAGCUCCAUCCGCACACUCUCCACCACCUCAGAGCAGGAUUUCUCGUACCUCAGUGACUGGGGACCUCGCUUCAGGCAGUUGGCUGGUUAUUAUGCCCCGGGACAGCCUGAGGAAGAGGGCUCCUAGCCUCUACCUCCUCCUCCUCCUCCACCUCCUGCUGCCGCCAGCACUCCAUCUCACUCAUAUUGACAGUCCAGUGUCCUAACUGUCCUUGAACCCACUCCCCUGUGACACUUUGGAAACCCAGUCAGUUAUGACAGUUUCAUUACUUUAAAAAAAAAAAAAAAAAGUUCCAUUUUUUUUCUCUUUCUCCAGUUGUGGAUUAAAAUGGGGCGAUGAACUGGGCUUUGGGUGUAGCUAAGGAGCCGGUGGGAAGCCAGGUAUUAUUGACCCAUAAGAGUAAGGGGGAAAAAAAUCACAGAUACACACCACUGCUCUUUGACCAACAUCAUGGAUUUUUUUUUUUCAUUAGUAUUUGUGCUUUUUUUCCUCCAUGGUGGCAGAGACCAGAAAUAACCAUUUAAAGGAAAACGAACAUUAUGGCAUUUCUAGUCAAGGGACACUUUUUUUUGUUCUCAAGCCAAGGCAAACUAUCCCCCCCCCCCCCCCCCUACAAACAAAAUGUAUUUAUUAAAGAAGAACAUAUUUAUGUAUUUAUUAAUUUAUAUUUAUUUAUUUAUUCAUCAUGAAUACAACGAUAUGCCCAGAAUGAAUGGACUUAUUUGGGAAAGGGGCAGAAAGGGAGGAGAAAUAGAAAGCAAGCAAACAUUGUUAUACUGCCCAAAACGAAUCUUGUGAGAACUGAAGAAGGGUAUUGUGAAUGUGAAAGUGCACUGUUGAAGCAGCAUUAUGUGGGUCACAGACAACAACACAGUCUUGAAAAUAUUUGUAAUUUUAUUUUUUUGGAACACUUUUGUAAAAUACUAACAAGACGACAACAUGGGAAGAAAGACGCUUGAGGCAAAAGAGAGAAAAUAUGUGUCAAUUCAGUGCAAGCAUUGGUUUUGUCCUGACAUAGCCUACUUUUUAUUGUGUUGUGAUAUUUUGCUCACGUUGUGGACAUUCUGUGUUAACUUUUUUAAAGGGAUGAUCUUUUCAGAUCAAAGGUGGCAAAGGUUUCUAACAUGGUCAUCAAGUGGAGUUGUUUCCCAGCAACCGCUCAAGAAUUUUGUGUUUAAAACCAGAACUGUGAGUGUGUUUAUGCAUCAGAUUUCGUUUCUAUUGAGCGUUACUUCUGUUCGGCUGAUUUUGUUUGAGGGUGGGGAUGUUAGAGUGAUUAGGAAAAACAUGCACUGUAUCACAAACAUUCAGUACCCAAGACCUCUUUAAUGUUGACCAUUAUUGUAAAUGUAUGGAAAUAUACUGUUGAAAACAAUAAAUAUUUAAUGCUUUUUUAAAUAUCA